CGUGUCGGGCUUAGGUCUCAAUAUGCCCGCCGGAUCUACGAGGACAAGCUGACCAGAGCGAUUGAGUCGAUUCGCAAGAAGCCAAUGUUUGAGGGCUUCAUGAGCCAUGCAACCGAGACUGAUAUGCUGCAUGCGGCAAAGGAUGGACCAAUUGUUACACUAAAUGUUACGUCGCACCGCUGCGACGCAUUGGUGAUUCAGGCGGACAAAAUAUCAAGUCUUGAACUGCCCAACCUCGAUAUCCAAUCCAUCCAAGCCCGCAGCUCAGAUCCACAGUCGGUCGAGACGCUCAGCUGGCUCUGGGACACCAUCGUCCUACCUGUGUUGGACUACCUCGGCUACCAUGGUCCCCCCGCUGGCACUGGCAACUCAGGCUCUAUGCCACACAUUUGGUGGAUUCCCACCGGCUCACUGAUCGGAUUUCCCUUGCACGCUGCGGCCAUCAUCUCCGCCGGAAUUCCGCGACAGCCCUUGACAUGGUUGUGUCCUCCUGGCACACUGCGGUCGCAAAAGGCCCUCAUAGUUUCCGCACCGAGGCCACCGGGUCAGCAGGCUCUCCACCACGCCGAAGAUGAGGCCAAGGCAGUUUGUCAGGUGUACCACUGUCAUGACUUCCCGCGAUACCACGGCGUUCAUGAUAUAGUCAAGAGACUCAAGUCAUGCUGCAUCUUACACUUUAUAGGACAUGGUAAAGCCGACAAGCAAGAUCCCUUCGGAAGCGCUCUAAUCCUCGACAGCGGCGACGAGCUGGCCAUUAACGAGCUGGUCGAGACCGCGCUCAACUCCAACUCUCCGUUCCUGGCCUACUUGUCCGCUUGCGGUACAGGCCGUGUAGGGAAUGAGACUGCGACGGAUGAGCUACAUCUCGCUGCCGCAUUCCAAGUUGCCGGGUUUCGACAUAUCAUCGCCACGCUCUGGGACGUCGAUGACCAGUUAUGUGUCGACAUGACCAAGAAGGUGUAUACAUCUCUGGAAACAACAGAGCUGGACGAUGUCUCGGUUAGAAUUGCGCUUCACUGUGCGGUCGUUGCUUUGAGAGAUGAGUGGGUCCAGCAAGAGGAGGAAGCCGGACGUGGAGGGACGAGGGGAGAUAGGAACCUUGAGUUGUGCCAGGGGUCAUCGCGAGAGAAGGCAUUGUGGGUUCCAUAUGUACACUUUGGUGCUUGA